AUGGGAAUACAGAAGACGCGUACAACAGCAUACCAUCCUCAGUCAAACGGAAUAAUCGAACGAUGGCAUCGUACAUUAAAGACUGCACUCAAAACUCGUUUAUCUCAACAUACAAAGUGGAUUGAUGAGCUACCUACAGUGCUACUCGGACUACGAGCAACACCGCGUGCAGACACUAGUCUUAGCGCCGCUCAGCUAACCUACGGCUGCAGCAUAAGGCUGCCGUGUGACUUCUUCAGUUCAGCAGCGUCAAACAAACAAGAAAUGGAUUACGAUUUCGUAACUAAACUUCGAGAAUCAAUUAACAAAGCCUUAUCGUUGAAAUGCACCGAAAUGCAAUCACACAGAAAUAAUAAAUCAGUAUUCAUUCACCAAGAUUUGAAAACAUGCAAACAAGUUUUUGUAAGGAACGACGCAAUGAAAAAACAAUUUCAACCUACCUACGAUGGACCGUAUAAAGUAUUAGAGAGAAAUAGCAAGACUUUUAAACUACAAAUACCCGGAAGGAAAUCUACGAUUAUAUCGAUCGACCGACUAAAGCCUGCCUAUAUUAUUAACGAGGAUACUGCAGAGGAUUCAUCAUCAUCAUCAAAACCACCAGCGAGGAAGCUUGAAACUUCAUCAUCUACAUCAACCCAGUUGAAACCUAUUUUAAAAACUACGAAAUACGGGCGAGUCGUCAAGCCUCCGGUACGCUUUCGCUGGGGGGAGAGUGAUGUAGCAGCCAGAUUAAUCAAACCUAAACGGGAAUAA